CAAACAAAAUAAUUCCAGAAAUAAAACGGUUAAUGGUUUUAUUAUUUUUUUUUUGAUAAUGUUCCAUUGUAAGUUAACAUAAAAAAUCUAACUCGCAUACUAAAAACCGCUGUAAACCGUUUGAACAGAAGGCAGUAAUCGCGCUUAAUCAUCAUACAGGGUGUCAUAAAAGUCUCGAUUUUUUCUAACAUGGCCAACUACAUGGCUGAUGUCCAUAUUGGUAGAGACUAACAAACUUUAGUAAAUGUCACCAAACUAACCGAACAUUUUUUUCGGAGUUUUUCGAAAUGAGAGCGCCCCAACGGGACCACAAUUGACCGUUAAACGAAACGAAAGGGGGAGUCGCUCCGUUUCGCGUCCGCCAGUGUUACAAAAUUGACAAUUUUUUGUGAUGUUUUUCUAUGUCCAAGCAACAUAGAAUUCCUUUCGAGAAGGACGCGCGUGGUGCCGAGGAGGAGCCGGUUCUGCUGUUGUCCAAACGACGAAAGUUGAGGGAGGUUGAUGAAAACAUGUGCGACAACGCCACGGAAAGGGCCAAAAGGGCUAAUUUCUCUGCGGUCUCAUCGAAUGGUCUUAAUCGUACCCUCAAUACAGUUAAUAACAAACCAACAGGUACCAAGAAAAUUGUUAUUAAAAAUCAAAAAGGUGAACCAAAAUUACCGGAUGAUUAUCGAGAAUUAACUUGGGCUAAAUUAAAAGGUGCAGUGCUAGCAAUUCAGACGUCCAAACCUAACAAGUACUCCCUUGAAGAGUUAUAUCAAGCAGUGGAAAAUAUGUGUAAUCAUAAAAUGGCUCAUAAUCUUUAUGCUUAUUUAAGAAAUUUAACGGAAAAUCAUGUCCGGGGGAACGUUGAGCAAUUUUUAGCAGAGUCCGUUGAUCGGUUUUCAUUUUUAAAGAAAAUGAAUGAAACUUGGCAAGAUCAUUGCCGCCAAAUGAUAAUGAUAAGAAGUAUAUUUUUGUAUUUGGAUCGAACAUACGUGUUACAACAUCCCCAUAUAUUAUCAAUAUGGGAUAUGGGACUAGAAAUCUUCCGUCAGUACAUCCUCCAAUACACCCUUGUGCAAACUAGAAUUGUUGAAGGUUUGUUAAUGUUGAUCGAAAAAGAGCGACAAGGUGAUGCCGUGGAUAGAACGCUUUUAAAGUCACUUUUACGGAUGCUCACUGAUUUACAAAUUUACGACAAAGCGUUUGAAUCAAAAUUUUUAGCAGCCACGGAGCGGCUCUACGCUGCCGAAGGUCAACGUUUAAUGCAAGAAUUAGAAGUGCCUGAAUAUUUGGCUCACGUUGAUAAAAGAAUUAACGAAGAAAACGAACGUGUUCUCCAUUACUUAGAUUCCAGUACAAAACAUCAAUUAAUUCACAAUGUGGAAAAACAAUUACUAAGCGAGCAUGUUAACCACAUUCUCCAAAAAGGACUCGAUGGGCUACUAGAUGGUAACCGAUUAAGUGACUUAUCCUUGCUAUACACACUCUUGGGGAGAGUGAAAAACGGUCAUUAUGAACUUUGCGUCGCUUUUAAUGGGUAUAUUAAAAAAAGAGGGAGGACUAUUGUUAUCGAUCCUGAAAAGGAUAGGACGAUGGUUCAAGAACUACUUGAUUUUAAGGAUUGUACUGAUAAUAUUGUUGCCACUUGUUUUAAUAGAAAUGAAAAAUUUAGUAAUUCGCUCAAGGAGGCUUUUGAACAUUUUAUUAAUCAAAGAGCUAAUAAACCUGCUGAACUUAUAGCAAAAUUUGUAGAUUCAAAAUUACGUGCAGGCAAUAAAGAAGCAACGGAAGAAGAAUUAGAAAAAUUAUUAGACAAAAUAAUGGUAUUAUUCCGUUUUAUACAUGGUAAAGACGUAUUCGAGGCGUUUUAUAAAAAAGACUUGGCCAAACGACUGUUAGUUGGCAAAUCGGCGAGUGUUGAUGCCGAAAAGAGUAUGUUGAGCAAAUUAAAACAAGAAUGCGGUGGUGGUUUCACAACAAAGCUGGAAGGAAUGUUCAAAGAUAUGGAAUUGAGCAAAGACAUAAAUAUCGCGUUUAAACAGAAUUUGGCAAACGUGAAUCGAGAUUUACCGCCGAUUGAUAUGACGGUUAACAUAUUAACAAUGGGUUAUUGGCCUACUUAUCCGCCAUUGGAUGUGACAAUACCCGAACAAAUGAUGCAAUUUCAAUACGUUUUUAAAAUGUUUUAUCUUAGCAAACAUAGUGGAAGGAAAUUGCAAUGGCAACCGACGUUAGGACAUUGCGUGUUAAAGGCUCAAUUUAAAACCAGCUUAAAAGAACUUGUGGUUUCUUUAUUUCAAGCUUUAGUUUUGUUGUUAUUUAACGACGCCGACGAAUUAUCUUAUGAACACGUUAGAGCUGUUACUAAUAUCGAAGAUGGCGAACUUAAACGUACCGUACAGUCAUUGGCGUGCGGUAAGGCGAGGGUGUUAAUUAAAGUUCCCAAAGGACGUGAUGUUGAAGAAUCCGAUAAAUUACGAUUUAAUAAUGAAUUUACGAAUAAAUUAUAUCGUAUUAAAAUUAAUCAGAUACAAAUGAAAGAAACGACUGAAGAACAAAAAGCAACUGAAGAACGCGUUUAUCAAGAUCGCCAAUAUCAAAUAGACGCAGCUAUAGUUAGAAUUAUGAAAAUGCGAAAAACUUUGAGCCAUAAUUUAUUAAUAAAUGAAUUGUAUAUCCAAUUAAAAUUCCCUGUUAAACCUGCUGAUUUAAAAAAACGAAUUGAAUCGUUAAUCGACCGUGAUUAUAUGGAAAGGGAUAAAGACAAUCCGAAUCAGUAUAAUUACGUUGCGUAGACGAAUCUCUUGUCUUUGACAAAAAGGAGAAUGGUGUCACCCAAAAUGAAUGACCUAGUGAAGAUUUCGUUUUUUAUUUCUUUCUUUUAACUGUAUUUUUUUCCACGUUUUAUUGUCGGCGAUAUUAAUUUUUUUGGUUUUGUUGUAAUUUUUUUCUCUAACACGAUUACCUCUAGUCCUUGCGGCAAAAAAAUAUACCUUUUUCCUGUGCAGAUGUAAAUAGUAGGUUUUCGGGCGGCUCCGAGCGGAGUUUUACGUUCGGUUUGUAAAUAUUUAGUGACGAGCUAUUGGGAAAUUACUUGUUUCACACCCAAAAUAAAUUUUUUUGUAAUAAAAUUGUUCAAGAUGGU